AUGUGUUUUUAGAAAGUCUGAAUUCUGACUUUAAAUCAGAAUUCUGAAAGAAAUUAAGAAUUCUAAAAAAUAAAAAAAAAUGUGUGGCCCUAAUCCUCUUCAGUAGCCUAUUUGUCAGACUAUUUUCUGUGAAACAUAUUUUGGCUCAGCCCCCCCGGAGUUGGCUCUCCUCCUUCCGGAGUGUGCCUCAGAUUUCCGACAGCCUCUGAAGGCGACACAAAACACAUCUAUCAGCCUCCUUUACCGGACAGGAGAGGACCGUGCGGUACCCUGUGUAAAGAGCUCACACAUCAACGGGAGAAGAUCAAACACAGCACUUAAACUCACCCAGAGAAGAUGAUGAAGGAGGAGAAGAGUCGAGCCGCCCUGGCCGUGAUAGUUCUCCUCGCCGCGAGUUUGUCCGGCGGCGUCUUUUCGGCCAGUUCAGACUGCAGCCCGUCCGCCACAGAGACGAACAGCCCGGCGCGUUUACUGUCGGCUGUGGUCGACGCACAGAGGGCAGAGCAGAGCCAGAGGCGACACCUGGAGGCUCUGUUCAACAGAUAUGGAGAAAACGGCACCAUCUCUCUGGCCGGGUUAAAGCGGCUCUUACAGAACGUGGGGCUGGAUCGCAUCAGGACUGUGAUGGUGCAGCAUCACGAGCAGCCAGGCCACCAUGACCACCACCAUCACCACCACCACCACGAAGGCCACCACCACCAUCACCACGACAACAACAACGGCUCGCAUCACCUGAAACACAUCCACACCGAACCCUCACAGCCCAGGAAGUCUCCCAAGGCCUCCGAAAAUCAAGACGCCACGCCGGGGAAGAAAAUGGAAAACCCGGAGAGCCAUCACAACCUUUAUGACAAGAAGGCGGCAGCAGCUCAGGUCGAGACUACGCCUGUGUACAGCGCUCAGCUGGCGGUGAAACCUGAUGAAGCCCAUAAUAGACAAAACGGCAGCCUGGUGCAGCCCAGUCCUGCAGGCGAGGAAACCACCGCUAUGACCUCUGCUAGAGCAGACACGGAGAGCCAGACACAAGCAGCUGCUGUCAGCCAGGGGGGCGAUCGCAACCACGAUCACGACCACCACAAUCACGACCACGAUGACCACGAUCAUAACCACGACGAACACAAUCACAACCACGACGAUCACGAUCACAACCACGACGACCACGGUCACAACCAUGUCGACCACGGUCACAACCACGACGAACACGAUCACAACCACGACGACCACGGUCACAACCACGACGACCACGAUCACAACCACGACGACCACGGUCACAACCACGACGACCACGGUCACAACCACGACGACCACGAUCACAACCACGACGACCACGGUCACAACCACGACGACCACGAUUACCACCACGACGACCACGGUCACAACCACGACGACCACGAUUACCACCAAGACGACCACGGUCACAACCACGACGACCACGGUUACAACCACGACGACCACGAUCACAACCACGACGACCACGGUUACAACCACGACGACCACGAUCACAACCACGACGACCACGAUCACAACCACGACGACCACGGUUACAACCACGACGACCACGAUCACAACCACGACGACCACAGCUUCAGUCAUGAUCACAGCCAUAUGAACCAAAGCCUGGAGAAUGUAGAGUGUCUGAACGUCUCCAGCAUCCUCUCCUCUCACGGGAUGUCACAGGAUGUGGGUUUGACCCUCAGAGACUUCAGCCUCCUCUGCCCCGCCCUCCUCAACCAGAUCGAUUUCGGCGCGUGCAUCCUGCACGAAGAUGCCUCUGAACAUGGAGAGAGAGACCAUAAACAUCAUAAACAUGCUCACAGUCACCAUGGUGACCACAACCACUCAGAUCACGACCACAGCGAGCACACGGGUGGAGAGAGUGGCAAGAACAUCGCAACAGCGUGGGUCGGUGGCUUCGUCUCCAUCACCAUCAUCAGCCUGCUCUCGCUCCUCGGCGUCGUCCUCAUCCCGCUCAUGAACAGAGUUUUCUUCAAGUUCCUCCUCAGCUUCCUGGUGGCGCUGGCUGUCGGCACGCUGAGCGGCGACGCCUUCCUUCACCUCAUCCCCCAUUCUCAGGGAGGCCACCAUCACCACCACGAGGAUUCUGGGAUGAAUAUGGAGGGACAUCACGCCCACGAUGAGCAAGGCGAAAACCUGGACGGCGUGUGGAAAGGACUGACGGCUCUGGCCGGAGUCUACUUCAUGUUUCUCAUCGAACACUUCCUGACGCUGGGAAAAAUGUACAAGGACAAGAAACAAAAGAUCCAGAAGAAAUGGGAUCAGAACGACAAAGCAGAUCCAGAGAAGCAGCCUGCUCUGGAGGAGACCGACCUGAAGCCGCCUGAGGACGUGGAGACUAACGGCGCCGGUGCAUUUGGCGACCACUCCAGCAGCCUGCACGGCGGAAGCGUGGCGGAGGAGGAGCAGGUGAUGCUGGCACCGCAGGUGUCCGUCGUCUCGCCACAGGGUUACAGCCGAUCGUCGGGCGCCACCGCCUACACCGCCGAGGACUGCGAGAACAAAUGCCACUCCCACUUUCACGACACGGUGGGCCAGGCUGACAGCAUGCACCACCACCACCACGACUACCACCACAUCCUACAUCACCACCACUCCCAGAACCACCACCCGCACAGCCACUCCCACUCCUACUCAGAACAGCACUUCCAGCAGGCCGGCGUGGCCACGCUCGCCUGGAUGGUCAUCAUGGGAGAUGGACUGCACAACUUCAGCGACGGCCUGGCCAUCGGAGCUGCAUUCACUGAGGGUCUGUCCAGUGGUCUCAGUACAUCUGUGGCUGUUUUCUGCCACGAGCUGCCUCAUGAGUUGGGUGACUUUGCGGUGCUGCUGAAGGCGGGCAUGACGGUGCGUCAGGCCAUGCUCUAUAACAUGUUGUCGGCCAUGAUGGCGUACUUUGGCAUGGUGACGGGCAUCUUGAUCGGACAUUUUGCAGAGAACAUCUCCACGUGGAUAUUCGCACUCACAGCCGGCCUCUUCAUGUAUGUGGCCUUGGUGGACAUGGUGCCUGAGAUGUUGCAUAAUGAUGCCGGCGACCACGGCUUCAGCCACUGGGGCUUCUUCCUGCUCCAGAACGCUGGCAUCCUGCUGGGCUUCUGCAUCAUGCUGCUCAUUGCCAUUUUUGAGCACAAAAUCCAGCUGGACCUGGGAUACUGAAGGGGGGGAGGUCCAGUUCAGUCAAGUCCAGAGCUUCCUGUCCAUUCCAGUGUCUGCGUCAAGACGUGUAGUGUGUUUUUAUUUGUUGUCGUAGACGGACCGAGCACAGUCGGCUUGAUUUAGUUUGUGUUUUCACAUCGUGUAGAAAGAGGCACUGUUUCAAACAGGUGUAGGAAGUCGCCAUGUUGACACCCCCCACCCUCCUCUCUCUGCUCUUGUAGCCGACAGGAAGUGUGCAUUCAGGAGCGUCUGAGGCUCACCUGUCUUCUGCUCGAAACGGAGAACAGGUGUAAAAAUAAGUGAGAUAGUUAGAAACAUGCUGCAGUCUCUCUCUCCCCCCCCGAACAGCAGACAAGUCCACAAGAAAACCCCAGUCCUCAAAACUCUUAACACCACACGGCUCAUUUCAGCAGUCUUUACAACAAAUCCAACAAAUGGAAGCAGCAUGAGAAAACUGCCGUAACCCCCCUUCACCUUUUGUUGUUUGAUGUUCGGCGGCUUUUUCACAUUUUUUUAUUAAUUUAUCUGACGUGUUGAAGUGUUUCUGCUGCGGGAUCAGUGCUCCAGUAGAUGCUCAAAGUGCCAUAACGGACCCACUGUUAGUGCAACACUGUGCUGGGUAACAGUCAACACCUUAAAGUGGUAGUUAAGGUUAUUUGACGGGCUUGUGUGAGGUACUGAUCUGUAGUCAGUGUUUUUACCUGCAGUAGAUUCAGAUCAGCUCCGAGUUUAGAGAAGCAGCAGCAGCACCGGUGCACGAGCGGAGAGAUAAGCAGCUGUGGGCGGGGUCAUCAGAAAAGAAAACCUAUUUUAGUUUUUAAAAAAUACCCACACAGAAAAAUUAAUAUCAGUUUGAAGUGUUUGCUUUAUUUUGAAAUAUUUUCACCACUUUAUCUGCCGUCAAACAGCCCUUUACUUUGGAACUACAGUUUGUGAACUGUUGAACUACCGUAUUCCUGCGGAGAAAGCGCAACUACGGCUCGUACUGUAUCACUCCGCAGAUCAGCUGUUGAGUCAGACAGAGCUAACUGCCUGCGUUGUGUGUGCGUGGCGGCUGUGUCUCUGCUGCUGCAGCUCUCUCUCUCUCUCUCUCUACAUAGAGUUUACAGGUUACUCAAAUGUUGGAUUUCUUUUCAUUAUAAAUUCAUUUCUGAAUUAUUUUUGACAGAAAACGUCACUAUAAUGUCUCUGUCUCCACAUUCAGCUGCUGGAAUGUGUCAUGUCUGUGUCAUAUUGGAGACAUAGAAACUAUAGUGGAAGGUGUCGGUUUUAUUUAAUGUUGCUGACAUGAUGUCAGUAUGACAUCAACAGGUCUAUUUUUGCUGAGAGAUGCGCGUCACGCCACUCUAACCCAUUAACAUGAGUGCCAAAAUGAAAAUCAAGGCGCUGUGCACACGGCACGCAGCUAGUGUGUUCCUGGCACGUGUGUAGGUGCGCUUGUGCGUAGGAAUACAGUAGUUCAACGGCUCACAAACUAGUUCCAAAGGAAAGAUCUCUUUUAACAGUAUAUAAAGUGGUGAAAAUAUUUCAAAAUAAAACAAACAUUUCAACUGAUAAGAGCUUUUUUCUGUGGCUUUUUUUUAAAGUGGCUAAAAGCUAACAUGCACCACUCAGCUCGUGUACCGGUGCUCCUCCUGCUUCUUUAAACUGGGAGCUGAUGUGAAGCUACUGCAGCUAACACACUGACUAUAGAUAAGUACCUCACAACCCCACGUCAAACAACCUGAACUACCACUUUAAAAUUCCUGCUACAGACAUUCCAGAUUAAAUAUUACUGUGAUUUAGGUUGUUAUGAAUCAUUUUACAUUUUUAACAAAUCAAUUUGUUAAAAUGUUGGAAAACCCUCAAAGAUGCACCUCGCUCGCUUUGUCUGACCAGCGCUCCAAAAUCCCAAAAUAUCCCAAAGAAAAGAAAAAAAAAAUGCCUGAAACUGAAACCAGGAAAUAUUUUUGACAGUUAAAGUUAGAAAAAUAAUUAGUAACAGUUUAUUAUUGUUGCAGGUUUAUUUUCUGUUGAAAGGUGGAUUGUUCCAGUGCACAGAUUGUGGCGAUGGUCUUUAUUGUAGCUUAUCUUGACGAGGACAGUUUCAGCUGUUUCCUGUCAGAUGUCUAUAGGAGGGACUUCACAGGUGUUACCCAGUACCGUGAAGCUGACCACGAGCGAGCCACACACAGCAGAUCCUCAACGUCAGUGUCCGAUAUCGAGCUGACAAACGUGUUGCUUUUCUGGAGCUCUGUUGCUAGGUGACAGGACAGCGGCGUGUGUGUUGUACUGCGCCGCUGCUGUGUGCUGCCCUUAAUUGAUCAUUGGUGCCAUACAGACCAGCUGGAGGUCAUCCACCGCCCUCCAGCAGGUCAACGGUCCGAGGCUGGAGAACUAAUCACAGGAAGUAGUUUGGUGCAAGAGCCCAACACCAGAGAGGACAUGACACCGUUUUAUUUAGUCACCAGACAUCAGGUGUGCAGAGGCCUCGGUACUUAGCGGAAAACUAAUGUUACGUGUUGUUGGACUUGAACUUGGUGCAGUUUCACAUGGAAAACUUUUGCUAAAUCAGCAGGAAGUCCGUCCAUUAAAUGAACCUGAUGAAGGAAAAGGUUUCAGAGACACAUUAGUAACUCUCACUAUUUGCUGUAAGACUUCUAAUAAGUAAUAUUUCUGUUGGUAAAAACUCCUUAAAGGAUUUUUUUUUUAAAUUCAAACUCCUGCAGAACUCUUCAGUUAGUCAAAGUGGUGGUGACGGGGCCUUAGGACAGAUCCACAACAAGCCGUCAGUCAGCCGGAGUCGGACCACUGUUGGGCUGCUGUUAAGCAUCUGUCGUAGACCAUGGCCUGAAAUCUUUGUGGUAGAUUCGGACACAUAAUGUUUCCACGGAAGAGAAUUAGGGGCACUUUUUACAAUUUUGACUUUAAACUAAAAAUUCGGAGAAUUUUGAGACUAAAGUCAGAAUUCUUAAUAAAUGAAUACAUUUUUUUCACAUGUGGCCGUAAUCCUCUUAAUAUCCUUAAUACUUGACUAACAGGUACAUUUUAGUUACAGCUGUAACCUGCUUAUAACAGACUUCAAAUCUAAAUGACGGGUGAGACCUGGUAAACUUUAGGUUUAAAGUGUGGGCGUCUGAUUCCAGCAGCAGGGGUCCAGUGAUUUGCUCACUGACACUUCAGCAGGGCAGACACCUUGAAUCCGUUUGGAAUCAGAUGUUUCAGUGACAGGACAGUAGCAUCACUAACUCUUUGGCCACGACCUUUGACCUUGUAGUGAAAUGUGUGUUAAGCCUGUAAGAAAAGCCAGAAAUGCUGCGACGUCGGUGUUCUCUCUCUCUCUCUCUCUCUCUCUCUCUCUCUCUCUCUCUCUCUCUCUCUCUCUCUCUCUCUCUCUCUCUCUCUCUCUCUCGUUUUACUUUAUUUUAUUGUUACAGUUGAAGAGUUAAUGUGGCAGCUCAACACUGAUCAUUUCCAUUGGAAAAAAAUCAGUUAAUCUUUGUUACAGUAUCACUCCUGUUCGGUUUGAAUGUGAACUUUGACACUAUUAAUUAUCAUAAAUUGCAAAUGUCCAACAUGAGCUCAGUUUGAAUGGAUUCUUUUAAGAGGCUGCUCUGAUGUUUAGGUCAAUUACCAAGGUUCCCUCACAGGUUGGGACAAAACAUAAGUUCAGACUUGAACCUCACUGUAUAUUAUAUGUACAUUAAUAUACUACAUGUAUAUAUUUAUGUACAAGACUGUACAAGUUUGUGUUUCAGUUGUUGACUGUAGUUUCACUCACUGUGCUGUUUGUUGUGAAGGAUGUAAAGAAGCCAAACCAAAACAUUUAGAGGAGUCAAAAAAGAAGUUGUUCAAAUUUGAGAAAAUGUUUAAGAAUCUACAAAAAGGAGGGAAAGGAUGAAGGGAUCCACAGCAGGUGGAUAGAAUGAUACACUCCUCACAGCACAGUCGUACAGCUCUGCAGCAAAUACCUGGUGGUGGUUUUCCAGCCUGCAGUUGGUGCUUGUCUAAAUCAUCGGCCCCCAACUGGAAACUAGUUCAUGCAACAAGAUCAUGAAAUCAGGCCAACUUUGAGAACACACACAUGCAGAGAAACAUGCAGACCAGAGUGAGCUUCAGUUAUUUCAACCAACAACUCUCCACUGGUUUAAUGUGUUUGAUCCACAGGCGUUCUGACAUCUGGCCGUUGUCAUGGUGAUUAUGUUUCCCUUUCUCACGAAAUACAAAAAGGUUUUUUUUUUUUCUUCUCUCUCGACAUCUGUAAAAUAUUUACAACAAGAUAAAACCAAGAAACCCCAAAACAUCUGGAAUAAAGCAUGGUAUGUUUGGGAUGACUUGUGCCACAUCUGGAGCAGCAAGUAUCAAAAACUGUCAAGUACUCAAAGUUUGUACAACAGCUUGGAAGGUUUUUGCACUUUUUUUUUACAUCUGAUGCUUCCUGAUUUACUCACGGUCUCAUAUUGACCAUGAAACCAUGGAAACCACCUCCUCUUAUUAUCAUGACUUUGUAGGUGGAGGUUUUAUUUGUGUUGUAUACGAAUGCAGGAGCUGGAGGAAGUUGGUAGUUUGGAAGUUUAUAUUUUGAGCAGUGACGUCUUUAAUUGUUGUCGUCUUCACGAGUUAAAGUGCUUGAAUGUUUAGCAACGGCAGAAGCUCAUGAGUUUUUAUGUGAACGCAGCUCAAAUCAUUCUGUAUUUUAUUUUGGUAAGUUUCUUGUACGAUUGUAAAGAUGCAUGUUUCUUUUGUAGACAUUUUUUUUUAAUACUAAAUAUCUUCACACUUUGCAAACUAGUCUAUCUUGUCAUCAUCACCACAACUCUGAGAUAUUUUUUACUCAUUUUAAACGGCAUCCACCCAGCCUGAAUCAAAAAGCCACUUUCACAAACACUGACUCACUAUUUAAACAAUAAGAGCAAAUCUGUACACGUGUGAACAUCUCCCAGAAAAGGGAGAGAGACCAAACAGAUAUUUGGCUGCAGAGCUGUUUAAACUGUGUUUCUGUUUUGUUGUCCACCUCUGACCGCAGUGAACUUCAGGCAGCUUUGACGUCGACUCACUGUGCUCUGACAUUCCUGAAUGAAAAUAAACGUGGUCACCAGAA